GAAAACAAUGCACAGGAAAAAAACAAAAAGCAAACAAAACAAGCGAAAACAAAACCAUGAAAAAGCAAAAAGCCAAAAAACAGCGAAACAAAAAGCAAAAAACAAGAAACAAUGCGGGCAAGCAAAAAAGAGGGAUUUAAACAACAAACACUAAUAAAACAAGGGGAAAACCACAAAAAAAGGCGAACAAACAAACAAAAGAGCGAAACACAAAGCGGAAACUUGCUUUCGCUUGUUGGAUCUGUUAUUUUGUCUUGUGUUUUUUCAUGUUUUUUUUUGCUUUUUGGAUUUUUGUGUUGUUGUUUUUGCUUUUUGUAGUUGCUUUUUGUUUGCUUUGUUUUUGUUUUUUCAAGAUUCACAGAGUUAGCCUGGGUCCGGCGAUGUUAAGGUUUGUUGAAUCCCAUCAUUGUGUUCUUGGCAUCCACCCAAAACCUGCAAAGGACUCACCCAACAAGCAUCUUGUUUGUGCACCCGUUCAUGGUACAACUGAACUCAAGGAGUUCAACAAAUCAGCAUGCUGAACUCUGAUGACACCCAACCAGUAUGUUUUAGUCAUUUUCCUUCUUCCAGAGGUCUUUAGGAGGUAUCCCUAUUUUGAUACACACCCAUAUAAUUGAUAUACUUCACGCACCUGGGCGUUUCGAAAUGGAUGGUAAUCCAUCCAUCCAGCAGCUUCCAUUUUGCUAUUGUGCCGCCGUGCAAUGGCCCACAGAACCCCUAUACUCUAGACUAGGGCACAGGCUGAAGACUCAUGGCCAUGGUAUUGAUCUGCAUGUUAAUUGGGGUUGCUAUGGCGACCCCUUUGGAUGAUGACUGCGUCGAACCUGCGUCUAUCAUGAACUUUUUGCUGCAGGUGGAAACACAGAAAAAGUUUGCAAGAGGAAGAGAAGGAGAUUUGACGAAUUGUGGGCGUUUGGUUGAGGACAAGUGUGAUCCAACAGCAAACUUUUUUUGCACAGCAACAAUUGCAAAAUACACACACAUGGGCAAGAUUGCCAUCGACCAGUUCCAGAGGUGAUGGCCGAACAUCCGGGAAUCGAUGGGUAUUGCUAUUUCAAUCAAACUGGCUUUUGGGUGACGCCUUUACCUAGAGACCCGGAUUUUGUCGAGUAUGCAAAAGUGGGCAUCCUUGGUCUAAGGGGUCCCCUGUACCGAGGGAAAGAUCAAGGUCCGCUCAUCACUUACAAUUUUGAGGGUCGGACGAUCACAACCUACAUGGACUCCUCGCACUAUUCAUAUGAUGAUUUGUAUGGAUAUUCCCUGGGCUAUUUGCAAGGGCAGGGCCUUGAUCCAGAGUUGGUGAAGAACAGCAGCCAGUGGGUGACUAUCUCCAGACAGAAGUGCUUGGACAUCCAGGCAAAGUACAACUUCCAAAAUGAAGAGCUGGUGCUGGCUGAUUGGUUGGACGACAACCAGGUCCUUGCGGUCAAGGUGAUGUGCAGCGCAACCCUCAGCGCAAACCUCAUGCGCUCUGAUGUCAAAGCAAAGGCCAAGUGGAAGAGCGAGACGGAUUGCGAACCUAUCACGGCCCGCGAUUUUGCCAAACACCAUUACAUCAAGUGCCUCCUUGGAUGCGCGAAUUCAGCGUCAGACGGCGCGUAUCUCAAUGUGCGGGCAUGCCUUUUAGAGAACCAUAUAGGACACUUCAGCGAUUGCCCAUUUUCACCAGACGUCAACUUUUGAGGUGCGCGCAGCCACCAGAAAAGGACGCACCAUUUUCACCAGACGUCAACUAUCAAAGUGCGCGCUGCCACCAGAAAAGGACGCGCCAUUUUCACCAGACGUCAACUUUUGAGGUGCGCGCAGCCACCAGAAAAGGACACGCCAUUUUCACCAGACGUCAACUUUUGAGGUGCGCACAGCCACCAGAAAAGGACGCACCAUUUUC